GCUACGAAGUAUGUAUGAGUAUGAGUGUGUUGUGUAGUACGAGAAGAGUGAGGCAGAGUGAGUAGUAGUACAAGUGGAAGGUAGAAUUGAUAUAUCUUAAAAAAUAUAUGUGAUAAUGCCAGGCUGUUGUGCGAAAAAUUGUCGCAACCGUGCAGAACAAGGAUUUCGUCUUUUUAGAUUUCCUGCUGACGAAAAACGUAAACAAAUUUGGAUUAAACAGUGUGUUAAAUAUCCAAAAGGAGAUUCGAGGUUAUGUGAGUUGAAUAUUUGGAGUAUCCUUGGCAAUAAAGGGGCAAUAAAUAUUUGUUGUCGUUGCAGUUUCAUUUUGACGAUUCUCAGUUUGAAAAUAAACGACAGGAUGGACGACGUAAAUUAAAACCUAAUGCCAUUCCUACAAUUUUUAUAAAUGAAAGUAUUAAUGACGUUUUACAAGAUGAAAUUGAAUCUUCUAUAGGUGUUUUACCUGAAGAAAAUGUAAUUGAACAAAUAAAUAUUCAACAUAAUAAUCAAUCCAUGCAUAUAGAUGCAGAAACUCAAACCGAAGUAUAUAACAAUGUUGCAUUUAAUACUAUACAAUUUUCUGAUAAAGAUGGAACAAUCAGACAAGCUAAUGAAAUUAAAUAUUUAAAAAAGAAAUUAGCUGAAACAAUAAAAAAAAAUAAUGAACUUGCAUUAAAAUUUAAAAGAGAAAAACUCUUAAGAUUAAACCACAGCAAAAUACACAAAAAUUAUAUUAAAAAAAUAUGCAGCAUUUUUAAAAAAAGUAGAAAAAAAACCAUUUCUUUUGAAAGAGAGAAUUUGAAUCAGGGUUAACUAAUCGACGAUUAGAUUGGUCUUCACAAUGCUUGAAAUUGGCUAUGCAAAUAAGAUAUGCUGUUGGAUGGAAAGCAUAUUUAUUUUUAAAGAAGAAUUUGAAAUUGUCAUUGCCAUGCUAUUCCACUUUAUGUAGACACAUCGCUCAACUAGAUUUCAGUCUUGACACACUAAAAGAUGUUAUUUCCCUAAUGAAAAAAAAAGAAACUCACACAUCUUCACACCAAUCAGACUGUGUACUUUUAAUGGACGAAAUGGAUAUUUGCAAAACAUUGGAAUAUGAUAUCAGCACAGUUCAGUCUCAGUGCAGUCCCAGUGCAGCGAAAUAGAACAAAUCUAUCAUCAUUACUCAGGUACAUCAUCAUCGAGAGACUCACGCUUACCACACUACGCGCACACCGGCGCCGCGUGAUACCUGCUCGCGGGCAUCAUCAUUGGUAACAGAUCAAUAUAUUCUCUCCUGCGUGAGUGAUUAAGAACAAUAUUAUGAUCCAGAGAUUCAUUCUUGUGUUCAUUAAAUAGUAAACGCGUGUAAUGUGUAUCAACUAAUAUCUGUGAUAAAUAUACGGUAUGACUCGGACAUCCCGAUGAGUCCACGUGUCAUGUAAUUGCAGUGCAUUUUCUUAUUUAACAUCUGUUCCACGAACAGAUCCGACCUCUCACCCUGUUUAUUAUCCUCAGGACUAACUAGCGAACUCUUUGCCGAGUCGCGAACAAUUAACAUAAAUCUUCUAAAAAUUUUUUGCCAAAGUGUGCUUACGUACAUAUGAAAAGCAGAUACAUAAAUGUAAUGUGUGUAUGUGUGUGUGCGUGCGUGUGUGUGCGCGCGCGCGUGCAUGCAUCUGUUACAUAUAAUUGUAUACGUAUGAAUAUAUUUUUAAAGUUGUUUCUCUUUGACAUUGCUUAGUUUUAUUCGGGCAAUCGUAAGAGAAACACACUUGUGAAAUAAACUAAAAUAAAAGUAUAACCCAACUAGAAUCUAAUUAUUAUCUUCUUCAUCUGAAAUAAUGGACAGUUUUACAGAUCCACGAACAAUAAAGUGGACAUUUAUAUCUUCUCCAAUACCAAUAAUUUCUAUAUUGCUCAUCUACAUAUAUGUCGUCUACUUUGGUCCGCAAUUUAUGAAAAACAAAAAACCAUACUCUUUGAAAACGUUUAUACAGUGUUACAAUCUUUUUCAAAUUAUUGCAAAUUCUUGGCUAAUGUUUAAUGCUGUGACAAAUGGUAGACCAUUCGUUGCCGUUUGGAGAUAUUGUGAUUCAUUCGAUGAUGUUUGCGGCGAUACCACUGAAAAAAAUCUUGAAAAUCUGUGGUGGGGGUUAUUGCUUAAAAUAAUUGAUUUAAUUGAAACUGUAAUAUUUGUAUUGAGGAAAAAAGAUCGCCAGAUUUCAUUUUUACACACGUAUCAUCAUAUUUCUACGGUUAUCUACGUAUGGUUGACGCUCAGAUACCUUGUUCAUAGUUUUACUAUGACUGGAGCAAUGCUCAAUUGUUUUGUACACGUGAUAAUGUAUUCUUAUUAUUUUUUGAGUACUUUUGGAUCAAACAUUCAACAAAGACUUCUACCGUUCAAAAAAAGUCUUACUAUUAUACAAAUGGCACAGCUUGCAUUCUUCAUGAUAGCUACUUUGCAAGGUUUGAGGCCUAACUGUGGUAAUAUAGUGGUAAAAUAUUUUUCUGUUGUAUCAUUUCUUAAUGUCACGAUAAACUUGUUAUUAUUUUUAAAUUUUUAUGGUUCUUCUUAUAAGAAAUCAAAAAUAGCGUAAUUAUUACGUACAAUCUUGUUGAAUCCCUUACGGAAAAAACACUCCAAUUUUGAGAGUUUACACUCAACAUUGAGUGUUAAUACUCGAUUUUGGGAAUUUACUCCGAAAUUUAGG